AUGGGGAGUACCACUAUCGCUAUUUUUGCCUUGAGUAUUGUCUCCAUUGUGCUAACAUGGCUGCUGGUGACCUUGAGGCUGUUGGUCCGCACCAAGAUUCGCCCAUCAUUUGGUGUCGACGACUCCUUGCUCAUAGUAGGCUGGCUCCUCGCAACUGCGCAGUUCAUCAUACCACUUUACGAACCCAGGUGCAAGUUGCGAAAGGACGCUGACUUGCUGACCCUUGACGACAUAGAGUCAAACUAUAUUUGUCGCUUCGCGGGGGAGCUCCUGUGGGUCGCUGCUACGGGGCUUGUCAAGAUCUCCUUCUGCUUCACGCUUCUCCGGUUCCUCCAGCUCCCUUGGCAGCGCUGGUGCAUCUUGUCGACUAUUGCCAUGAUCUUCACCAUUUCGGUAUUCUACUUCUUCUGGAUUGUCUUCGAUUGUAAACCAAUUCGAUACUUUUGGCAACAAGUCAAAGCUCCCACAAGCGGCUCAUGCAAGGCGGCCGCCGCGUUCGCAGAUGCAACCUAUGCCCAUGCAUCUGUUCUCAUCGCCGCAGACGCCGUCCUUACCAUUAUCCCGUUAUUUGUCGUGCACUACCUACACGCUGGUUGGCGGGUUAAGAUAUCCGUCGCAGCGAUACUUACAAUCGGUUCCCUGUACGCUAUAUUUGUCCCUCCGAAUGCAUCAUACCCAUCUCCUUCUCUGCAAAGCAAAAAGCUCCCUGUUACUAACAUGGAACGUCAUGACCUGUAUCACAGCUCGUGCGUUGCAACUAUAGUGCGGCUAACGCUCAUCCACCACAUGCUUGCCGCCGGCAGUUUCCUCACCGUCACCACCAAAUUGGUUCUGUGGGCAAUCGUGGAGGUAGCCACUAGCAUCGUGGCUGUCUCGGCGACAGCGCUCCGACCGCUGUGGGAGGUACUGCGCGCUAUACCCCGUUAUACCUUUGGCUCGCGGUGGGGGAUAGUAAGUCGGUGGUAUGGAUCGGAGAGAGGGACGCAGCUGCAUGAUCUGGCGCCCGCGCAAACAACAUCGACUGAUCAAAUUCCGGAAUCAUAUAAUAUGAGCCAGGGUUCAGAGGGGAGCAGAUUCAAGGCACCAAAGAGGGCAGGUUUUGAUGGCUAUUCAUAGUGUGCUUUGGUUAGUAUAGAAGUUGGCAGGUGGUUUGAUUGUUUACACGUUUAGAUGUAACCAAAGUUUUGAACUUGCUGUUGCUCGCGUAAGAGACUCCAUUUGGGCGA